ACAGGUAGCUCUCCCAGUUCAUCCACUCUCACGUCUUUCUCCAGUGGGUGUUGGGUUGUUGGAGGGGCGAAGGAGGCAGCCAUUCCUUCAAGGAUUUGAUUGUAAGUCUAAACAGGAGGCUCGCGAGAUUGCAACGACUGGUACACAGGCUAGUGGAGUGGCAGAUUAAGGGAUUGGCGGCUAUGGCGCUCGCAGCUGUAGGGCGGUUUGCCGUGACCGGCAGUUCUCUACAGAGUGUGAUCGGGAGUGAGAAGCAGUGCGUUGUGGCCGCACCAGCGGAGCGCAUCAGCAUCUCUUCUAGGCGCUCUAGCAUUGCAGCUCCGCUUCGGGAAUGUAUCAUUACUGGGUUGGCCCCUGUUACACGGACCUUUCAGCCUCGUGCGGUUACGGCUGAUUAUUUGGGAGAGGAAUCUGAGGUUUUAGAUGCGGAGAAUGAGGUUGAGGAGGAAGCGGACAACCCUUUAGUUCCCAGUGCAUUUGAGGUUCAGAAUUUGCUCAUGCAGGUCUGUGAUGAGACCUCUAACAUCGCCGAGGUUCAGCUGAAGGUUGGGUCCUUCAGUCUGCGAGUCAAGAGGAAAAUUGGCAAGGCAGCACCGGCUCCAAAGCCAGUAGCAGCAGGACCUCCAGUAUUAGGCAAGCCUAUGGUUGAAUCCAUUCCAGCUGACUCUGUUCCAACCGCCCCUGCUCCCAAGUCCACGAAGCUCACCAAGAACACCGCCCUCUCUGCAGCGUCGCUGAAGCCCGUCUCAAAUUUUGGUCUCAUGGAAGCAGCUGCUGAUGCUGGGAUAGUUUUCGUCACCUCCCCAAAGGUUGGGCUCUUCAGAAAAGGAAGAACUGUGAAGGGAAGAAGUGGUCCUCCACUGUGCGAGGAGGGUCAAGUAAUCAAGAAGGGACAAGUGGUGUGCUACUUAGAGCAGCUUGGCACACAACAACCUGUAGAGGCUGAGGUUACUGGUGAAGUCGAGAAAGUUCUGUGGGAAGAUGGAGCACCUGUUGGUUAUGGAGAUCCUUUAAUUGCUAUCAGGCCAUCCUUUCCUGGAAUUAAGGUUAAAGGACAGAUACAGUAGCACUUAAAUAGAUAUUUCGUUCUCUGAUUUUCUUCGCAGCAUUAUGCUUCGUGAGUUUUCUUCACCAUUUCCAGAAGCCGUGUAGGAAUUUUCUUAAAUGCCUGCUGUGGUAAUUGGAUAGUGGAUAAUCAGGUGCUUUUAUGAGCUUGCAUCAUGCGUUGAAGCAGACAGCAAAUUACACUUUGUGUGGUUUGUAUCAUCUUCAAUAGUAUUAUCUCGGUGUAUUCCAGCCUAGCGUAUACAUGUUAAUGUCGGUAUUCUCUGCAGUGGUAUCUCAAUGACCACGAGGUUUUUACUUUUGAAUCAUCGAA